GAGGCAAAGACUCACCUACACCUCCGUUCAACGCCUCUCCCUUUCUUCCACCUUCCCAUUCCACGCUCCAUCUCUCCCGGCGCCUCCAUCCCGCAUGCACCCCAUGUCCGGAGCAGGAGGAGGCCACGGCGGCGGCCAGCUCUACGGGGACCGUCAUCCUGCCGCUGCCUCCGUCCCCUUAUACGACGGCGACGACAACUGCUUCUUCCAGAAUUCCGUCGAUGGUGGCCUCACGCCGCCGUACGCGAGCAUCACCGACUACCUGCAGGGCUUCCUCGACCCCGCGGGGCUCGCGACGCACUUGGACGCGGCGCCGUGCGUCCCGGCAGGUGACGCCGUGAAUCGGGACUCGGCGGCGCCCAACUCGUCGACGUCCAGCGAGCCGCACCGGGGCAAGAAAGGCAGGCCUGAGCCGGAGCAGGAGCAGGAGGGAGACGAGCAAGGCGAGGUCGACGAGGACGAGGAGGGAUCGGUUGAUCGUCAGGACUGCAGCGACACAAAGAAGAAGGGGAAGGUGGAGAAGAAGGCGCGCGGGCCCCGAGUGGCGUUCGCAACCAAGAGCGAGGUCGACCACCUCGACGACGGCUACCGCUGGCGCAAGUACGGCCAGAAGGCUGUCAAGAACAGCUCAUUUCCAAGGAGCUACUACCGGUGCACGGCGGCGCGGUGCGGCGUGAAGAAGCAGGUGGAGCGGUCGCAGCAAGACCCCUCCACCGUCGUCACCACCUACGAGGGCCACCACGCGCACCCGAGCCCCGCCGCCCACCGCGGCAUGGCCAGCGCCGGUGCCAACAGCCUCUACUCCAUGGCCUCGCUCCAGCAGCAACGGCAUGGCUUCUGCCCGUCAUCACCCGACAACCUCUUCCUCGCCGCAGCAGGCGCCAUGGCGCCAGCGGCUGCCGCUACCUCGCCAGCGACUCUGCUUCCACGUCAGGCGGAGCACCGAUUUGCGGAGUACUACGGCAUGCAGCUGCAGGAUGUUCUUCUUGAUCCUAGUAAUCAGCAUGGGCAUCGUUAA